UAAAUCUAAUUUUACGCUUUCUAUCUAAUAUAAAAAUACUACUAAUUUAUAUAUCCAAUACGCAUAUUAGAUCGUAAUUUUAAACUUUUAGUGUGAGUAUGUAUAGUUUCAGUGUUCGGCUCUGAAACAAUGGAAACGGAAAGUCAAAGGAAUGGGUGUACAAUUGAACGAUCAGGAUUGCAUAUAUCGCACUAAUAAUAUAAUAGUGUCGUAACUCAAAAUGUUCAAUUCCCUGCAAGUCAAUAAAACCGUCGUUUUAAUAGUGCAUAAAAUGAAUGAGAGAUGGCAUAAGACGUUAUUCAUGACUGACCGACUGUCGUUAUGGCCCUCAUAAUAUUGCGCCAUUGCCAUUUUUAGUUGCGGCCAACAGUGAUCGGGAACGUACGUGUUGCUUUGCUCAUCAUUUUGAGUUUCCACGUUAUUGCUGAAUCAGUUUAUGCGAACUACAGUUUCAAAAGGAACUCACACAAGAAAGGAUUAUGAAUUCUACUGUUCCAGAAUGUGUCGAUUCAGUCAUAUGUAAAUGUAACUUCUCCUUUAAUAAUAAUUCAUCAUUUCCUCCAGCUGUGCAGUUUAUCUUACCCCUAUGGAGGCAAAUUUUUUGGUGCGCGUUUUAUGCUGUAAUGGUAAUAACAGCAAUAGGAGGAAACGUAAUUGUGAUAUGGAUAAUUUGGACUAACAAAAGAAUGAGAACAGUAACCAACUAUUUUUUGUUAAAUCUUUCGGUAGCAGAUACUAUGGUGUCAACAUUCAAUGUUACCUUUAAUUUUGUAUAUAUGCUACACGCAACUUGGCCAUUUGGAUUGGUGUACUGCAAAAUUACACAGUUUAUGGCAGUUUCAACUAUUUGUGCUUCAGUUUUUUCACUUAUGGCAAUUUCAAUCGAUAGAUAUAUGGCUAUAAUAGUUCCUUUAAGAAGACGCAUGAGUAAAAAAUGUACACUAAUUGUAAUUUUGUGGACAUGGAUUUUGGGAGUUGUAUUUGCAAUGCCGCAGUUGAUGUUUUUUCGAAUUGACACGAUUCCAUGUACUGACAGAAUUUCCUGUUACAUGGUAUGGCCAGACGGAGAUACAAAUAAUUCCAAAUUGGAGUACAUCUACAACAUAUCGUUCAUAGUUUUUAUGUACGUUAUGCCUAUCGUUGCGAUGAUUAUUUCAUAUUCUCAAGUAGCAGCGGAACUAUGGUGGUCAAAAAGUAUCGGUGAAGUUACCGAUAGGCAAAUGGAGAUUAUCACAAACAAAAGAAAGGUCGUCAAAAUGAUGAUAGUUGUUGUAACAAUAUUUGCAGUUUGCUGGUCUCCUUAUCAAAUAUAUUUUCUGCUUACUUUUUACUAUCCAUCUAUAACGCUGGCUCCUUUUAUUCAGGAGGUAUAUCUGUUGAUAUACUGGUUAGCAAUGAGCAAUUCCAUGUAUAAUCCGAUCAUAUAUUGUUGGAUGAACGCACGAUUCCGUAGAGGAUUCAAACAAGUGUUUUCUUUUCUGCCUUUUGUUACAGUAGAUCCAAGUAAAUCCCCUAGUAGAAGUGAAAGGAUUUAUACACAAGAAUCAUAUUAUGGAAGAAAAUUGCAACGGAAUAAUACUUUAACGACUCAAAUGACGUUUUAGAUAUUUGUGUUUGUAAAAGUUGUCUGUUUUUUGUUUAAGCUAUAAGAAUAAACAGUGCACCAACUAAA